UUCUUCAAAACUGUGGUGAAAAAUGAAUGGCCCAGCAGACCCCUCAAGCCUCAGUUGCUCAAAUCACUCAAACUUCUCUUUGGAAACAUCAGAGCAAUGUGACAAAGAGACACACCUUGAGAAUAUCCUUUUUGCCACUUUUUACUUCCUGGACUUCAUUCUGGCUUUUGUUGGCAAUGCCCUGGCUCUCUGGCUCUUCAUCCGGGACCAGAAGUCAGGCACACCUGCCAACAUCUUCUUGAUGCAUCUUGCUGUGGCUGACCUGUCCUUCGUGCUGGUACUUCCCACCCGGCUGGUGUACCAUUUUUCUGGUAAUCACUGGCCAUUUGGUGAGAUGCCAUGCAGACUCACAGGCUUCCUUUUUUACCUCAACAUGUAUGCCAGUAUCUACUUCCUCAUGUGUAUCAGCGUGGACCGUUUCCUGGCCAUUGUGCACCCUGUGAAGUCCAUCAAGCUCCGCAGGUCCCUGUAUGCCCACCUGGCAUGUGCCUUUCUAUGGGUUAUAGUUGGGGUGGCAAUGGCACCACUGCUGCUCAGUGUGCAGACCCUCCAGGUGAAAAACACAACUGUUUGCCUGCAGCUCUACAGAGAAAAGGCAUCACGUCAUGCCCUUGUGUCCUUAGCCAUGGCAUUCACCUUCCCAUUUGUCAUCACAGUGACUUGCUACUUAUUAAUCAUCCGAAGCCUGAAGACUGGGAACAGAGUUGAGAAACACCUGAAGGAAAAAGCUAUCAAAAUGAUCAUCAUGGUCCUGAUGAUCUUUCUGGUUUGCUUUGUACCUUAUCAUGUCAAUCGCUAUGUUUAUAUCCUCCAUUACAAUGGGGCCAGAACUUCUUGUGCCACACAGCGUGUUCUGGCCCUCAGUAACCGCAUCACUUCCUGCCUCACAAGCCUGAACGGUGCCCUUGACCCUGUCAUGUAUUUCUUUGUGGCUGAGAAAUUCCGUGAGGCUUUGUGCAAUCUGGUUUGUGUUAAAAAGACUGUCAUGUUGCCUCAAACAUACGAGGGGAAGACAAAUGAAAGCUCACUAAGUACUAAAUCUGAACUGUGA